UACCGCUCACAAAUGAACAGUGAGUCGGACUUUACAACAUAUGGGCCACGGUUUCUGUUUGGGUUUGGUAGGCGUGGCCUGUUCUUAGUACCUUGUCGCUGCCUCUGUCUUGAUUGACAGCUUCUUAUCCCUAUCCCCACCUAUUGUCUCUUUCCCACUAUCAGUAUUUCGAGGAGUGGGCGUGUACAAGCUGCAGUCCGGCUGCUCCAGUUUCGUUACAGUUCAGUGUGGUUCAGUCUGCCAAGCAGUGAGGAGAUUACGGAUUGGAGGGGUACCCGGGGGAGGAGAGCAGCAUGGGUCGGCCGGGGCUAUGCGGACUCCUAUGGGUUACUGUAAUGCUGCUGAGCCGGGGAGGAAUUCAUGGGUUUCAGUGUUUAGAUUCCACCAGACCUUGUCAAAAUGGAGGCCGAUGUACAAUGUACUCAAACGGAGAGGCUGCUUGCAUAUGUCCCCCUGGUUGGAUUGGUGAGAAGUGUCAGUUUAAGGAUCCUUGUGUCCCUUCACCUUGUGUUAAUGGAGGUGCUUGCCAAAACUCCAUCCGUGGUGGCACAGUGCAGUAUGAGUGCAGCUGUGCUAAAGGUUUUAGAGGACAAGAUUGUUCCCUCAUUGACGCUUGUGCUUCAAACCCAUGUGAAAAUGGUGCACGCUGUACAAAUUGGAAUGGCCGCUACAACUGUACCUGCCCAUUGGGAUACCAGGGACGCAGCUGCAGAGUAGAUAUUGAUGAGUGUAAAACUCCUGGUCUGUGUCAAAAUGGAGGACAAUGUGUUAAUACCCCUGGCUCCUUUCGCUGCAGUUGCCCUAGUGGUUACACUGGACAAUUUUGUGAGGCUGUAUAUGUGCCCUGUGCUCCCUCUCAAUGCCAAAAUGGGGGCACCUGCAGACAGACUGGAGAUCUUACGUACCAGUGUGCGUGCUUGCCAGGUUUUGAGGGUGGAAACUGCGACAUAAACAUUGAUGACUGCCCAGGACACAAAUGUAUGAAUGGUGGCACAUGUGUGGAUGGAGUAAACACCUACAAUUGCCAGUGCGCCCCCGAAUGGACAGGUCAGUUCUGCACAGAAGAUGUGGAUGAAUGUCAGCUCCAGCCCAAUGCCUGCCACAAUGGGGGAACCUGCUUCAACACUCAAGGGGGUCACACUUGUGUUUGUGUGAAUGGCUGGACUGGGGAGAGCUGCAGUGAAAACAUUGAUGACUGUGCCACUGCUGUCUGCUUCAAUGGAGCCACGUGCCAUGAUAGAGUGGCUUCCUUUUAUUGCGAGUGCCCCAUGGGCAAAACUGGUCUCCUUUGUCACCUUGAGGAUGCGUGUGUCAGUAACCCGUGCCACAAGGAUGCCAUGUGUGACACUAACCCAGUGAAUGGCAGGGCUAUCUGCACAUGCCCCCCGGGGUUCAGUGGUGGAGCUUGUGACCAGGAUGUUGAUGAGUGCUCUAUAGGAGCUAAUCCUUGUGAACACUUUGGUCGCUGUGUGAACACCCAGGGUUCGUUCCAAUGUCAGUGUGGCCGAGGUUACACAGGGCCGCGCUGUGAGACUGAUGUGAACGAGUGCUUGUCCACCCCAUGUCAGAAUGAUGCUACUUGUCUGGACCGUAUUGGGGAAUUCACCUGUAUUUGCAUGGCUGGUUUCAGUGGCACAUUUUGCGAAGUGAAUGUAAAUGAAUGUGAGAGUAGCCCUUGUGUCAACGGAGGAGUCUGCAAGGAUGUUGUCAACGGAUUUACUUGCAGUUGCCCUGCAGGAUUCACAGGUACCAUGUGUCAGAUUGAUAUAGAUGAGUGUGCUAGUACUCCGUGCCAGAAUGGAGCCAAGUGCGUGGACCGGCCCAACGGUUAUGAAUGUUGUUGUGCUGAAGGUUUUGAGGGUACACUGUGUGAACGGAACAUUGAUGACUGCUCCCCAGACCCUUGUCAUCAUGGUUCAUGCCGAGAUGGCAUUGCCAGCUUCACUUGCACAUGCGAUGCGGGAUAUACUGGAUAUCGCUGCGAGAACCAGAUAAAUGAGUGCCACAGUAACCCUUGUUUACAUGGAGGAAAGUGUAUCGACUUGGUCAACAAGUACCUGUGCUACUGCCAACCUGGCACUUCUGGAGUAAACUGUGAGCAUAAUUAUGACGACUGUGCCAGUAACCCAUGUGACUAUGGAGAAUGCAAAGAUGGCAUCAACAGAUAUGACUGUGUUUGCAAGCCAGGGUUCACGGGCCCUCUUUGUAACAUUGAGGUAUCCCCAUGUGUGUCCAACCCAUGUCGUUCAGGUGGCACUUGUCAAGCUACACAAAAUGGUUUCCGAUGCCUCUGCCCUGAAGGAGGAGGGCCACGUGAUUCCUUCUGUAAUCCCACCAAGGAUGAUGCCAUGUGUUCUUCUGGGUGUCUGCAUGGAGUGUGCCGAAAGCUCAAUGAGGGAUAUGCCUGUGAUUGUCAACCAGGCUGGGCAGGGAGAAUGUGUGAACGUAGAAGUGCUGACCGAUGUACUUCCCACCUUUGUCAAAACGGUGGCAUUUGUAUUGACCGAUCCUUAGGGCCUGUUUGUCGUUGUAAGGAUGGAUUUAAAGGUACGCUUUGUCAAAUAAACAUCAAUGAGUGUGCUCCUGCUCCGUGUCUGAAUGGAGGGCAGUGUAUUGAUGACAUUGCAGGAUACAGCUGUCUGUGUUCACUUCCAUAUACAGGUCAAGUAUGUGAGACAGUUUUGGCCCCUUGCAAUCCUGAUCCUUGUCAAAAUGGUGGUGUGUGCUCUCCAUCUUCAGACUACCAAAGCUACAUUUGCACUUGUCCCACUGGCUGGGAAGGUGAAACAUGUGGUAUUGAUAUAGACGAGUGUGCUCGUAGCCCAUGUCAGAACGGUGGACAUUGUGCCAAUCACCGUGGUGGGUACACUUGCACAUGUCCUCUAGGAUUCACUGGGUCAAACUGCGAAACUGAUAUUGAUGACUGUGCCCCUAACCCCUGCCUUAAUGGUGGUUCCUGUAGCGAUGGGAUAGUAUCCUUCUCCUGCAUCUGCCUCCCUGGGUUCACAGGAUCACGGUGUACGAAUGAGAUUAAUGAGUGCUCAAGCAAUCCUUGCCGCAAUGGGGCCACAUGUAAAGACUACGUCAACAGUUAUGUAUGUUCCUGUGCACCCGGAUAUACAGGGGCUGCCUGUGAAACAAACAUUCAAGACUGUACAGAAAGCUCUUGUUUCAACGGAGGUACAUGUGUGGAUGGAGUCAAUACAUACACUUGUCUUUGUCGUUCUGGCUUCACGGGCUCCCACUGCCAGCAUGAGGUAGACGAGUGUGCAUCCCGGCCAUGCCAGAAUGGAGCGGUGUGUGUUGAUGGCAUAGAAUCUUACCGAUGUGUUUGUCCUUAUGGGUAUUCUGGGGCCCAAUGCCAGAAUUUGAUAGACCUUUGUCGACGUUCUCCCUGUCAAAAUGGAGGUCGCUGUACUCAAACAGGUUCAUCUUUUCGAUGCGACUGCCCGUCAGGUUGGACGGGUACUUACUGUGAUGUGCCACGUGUUUCCUGUGAGGUGGCUGCUACAAGGAGAGGUGUACGUGUAGAACAACUAUGCCUUUCAGGGGGCAUCUGUAGGGAUGUUGGAAGUUCCCACCAUUGCACCUGUCGAGGGGGUUACACAGGCAGCUACUGUGAGACUCCCAUCAAUCAGUGCGAUCCAGACCCCUGUCGCAAUGGAGGUUCUUGUCAUAGUUUCUUGGGUGGAUAUGUGUGUGAGUGCCCAGUGGGAUAUGAAGGAAAGAAUUGUGAAUAUGAUAUAGAUGAAUGUCAGUCUCACCCAUGUCAGAAUGGAGGCUCUUGCAUUGAUUUGAUUGGGCGCUAUAUCUGUUCCUGCCCUCCCGGAACCCUGGGAGUACUCUGUGAAAUAAAUGAGGAUGAUUGCUCUCCGCUUUCAAGCUCUGGACCUCCUAAAUGCUUAAAUAAUGGCACCUGUGUAGACAGGGUAGGGGGAUAUCGCUGUAACUGUCCUCCUGGGUACACAGGCGAGCGAUGCGAAGGAGACAUCAAUGAGUGUUUGUCUGGCCCGUGCCACCCACACAACACUCGCGACUGCAUCCAGCUCGCCAACGACUAUCAAUGUGUAUGCAAGAAUGGAUACACUGGCCGGCGUUGCCAGAUUGUGGUUAACACCUGUGAGUCUCGUCCCUGUCAGAAUGGAGGUGUUUGCCGUGUGACUGUAAAUACACCUUUGGGUUACACAUGCCGGUGUCCCACGGGUUACACAGGCACUUCUUGCGAGCGAUCCCUCCUCUCAUGCCGAGACCUUGCAUGUCCCUCUGGCUCAACUUGCCUUCCUCCACCACUUGGCCCUCGUUGUGUCUGUCCCCCUGGUAUUGUCUGUCGCUCUUUUCCCAAUAGCACAUCCCCUCCAUUAUUUCCACCUUCACCACCACCACCUGCAUCAUCCCCUUGUUCUAUGUCCCCUUGCCGCAAUGGAGCACCCUGCAUCCCAAUUUCCCGGUACCCUUACUAUCACUGUCAGUGCCCCCCCGACAUGGCUGGACAGAGAUGUGACCUGCGUCGUGCUCCAACACCGCCGCCAGUAUGUGCUUUAACAGAGUGCCUAGGCAUGGCAGGAGAUGGUCAGUGUGAUAGGGAAUGCAAUGUGGCAUCAUGUCGAUGGGAUGGUGGCGACUGUUCCCUUAGUGUUGAAGAUCCAUGGAAACGCUGUCCAUUGCAGGAGUGCCGCAACCUGUUCAACAAUUCACGUUGUGACCAAGAGUGUGCUUCUGCAGAGUGUCUAUAUGACAACUUCGACUGUUUAGAGAAGGAAGUGCCAAAAUGCAACCCGGUGUAUGAGCAGUAUUGUAUGGAUCAUUACGGAGAUGGUCGCUGUGACCAGGGUUGUAAUUCAGAAGAGUGCGGCUGGGAUGGCUUGGACUGCGUAGGUGGAGGGGAACAGCUCGCUGAUGGAGUAUUAGUUUUGGUUGUGCUACUUCCUCCUGAGGAACUACUGAAACAAAGUGCAGCAUUCUUGCAGCGACUUAGUAUAAUUUUGCACAGCACUCUACGCUUCCGUACUGACGAGAAGGGGAACUACAUGAUCUAUCCCUACCUGAGGAGGGAGGCAGCAGGGAGGAGAGAAAAGAGGGAACUGGACUCUGACGUAAUAGGGUCCAAGGUUACAUUAGAGAUCGAUAACCGUCUGUGUGUGAAGGAAAUAUCAGAGUGCUUUCCAGAUACUGAGAGUGCGGCAAACUACCUGGCAGCCUUAAGCAAUCUGGAGAAACUAAACUUUCCGUAUCGUCUCAAAGCUGUGCAUAGUGAAAAGUGGACUGAACCUCCUUCCACUGGAGAUCCUCUUCGUCUCUUGCCUUUGGUUGGUGUGGCUGGAGUCCUGAUCUUGGUGGUCGCAAUACUGGGUGUAUUGGUGUCACGCAGAAAGAGAACGCACAGCACCCUGUGGUUCCCAGAGGGUUUUAUCUUAAAGAAAGAAAGAGACCGCAGGGAGCCUGUAGGCCAAGAUGCUCUUGGACUAAAGAAUAUCGCUAAAGCCGAACGGCUAAUGGAGGACCCAUCUGAAGACUGGACAGAUACAGAUUGCCCGGAGACAAAGAGACUGAAAACUGAGGAGAUGUCACCAUGCAGACAGGAUACAGUGGAUCCUCGUCCUUGGACUCAACAUCAUUUAGCAGCUGCUGAUAUCCGGCUUCCUCCAGCCACUGCCCUGACACCACCGCAGGGUGACUAUGAGACAGAUGGAAUGGAUGUCAAUGUGAGGGGACCAGAUGGCUUCACUCCACUCAUGCUAGCUUCCUUUUUGGGUGGUGGAUUGGAACCCGAGUCGCCUGAAGAGGAGGAAGAAGGGGAAGUAUCUGCUAUUGCUGAUCUCAUCUGCCAAGGGGCUUCAUUAGGAGCGCAGACGGACCGAACGGGAGAGACUGCCCUGCACCUAGCAGCUCGUUAUGCUCGGGCUGAUGCUGCCAAGAGAUUAUUGGAUGCUGGAGCGGAUCCUAAUGCGCAGGACCACACAGGACGAACCCCACUACAUGCUGCUGUGGCUUCUGAUGCACAGGGAGUGUUCCAGAUCUUAAUAAGAAACAGGGCCACAGAUCUUGAUGCCCGAAUGGGCGAUGGUUCCACAGCUCUGAUUUUGGCAGCACGGCUGGCUGUGGAGGGGAUGGUGGAAGAAUUGAUUGCCUGUCAUGCUGAUGUUAACUCUGUUGAUGAACUUGGUAAGUCUGCACUGCACUGGGCAGCUGCUGUGAAUAAUAUUGAAGCUACUCUUGCCCUGCUGAAGAACGGAGCAAACAAAGACAUGCAGGACAGUAAGGAGGAGACACCAUUAUUUCUGGCUGCUCGAGAAGGAAGUUAUGAAGCUGCCAAAGUUCUCCUUGACCACUAUGCUAACCGCGAGAUCACAGAUCAUAUGGACCGACUUCCUCGUGAUAUUGCACAUGAGAGGCUACACCAUGAUAUUGUUCAGCUUCUAGAAGAACAUAACACAGUUAGAGGAACCCAGGGGCCCCUGGGAGGGCAUACCAUGUCUCCACUCCUCUGUCCACCUAAUGGAUUUAUGGGAAAUAUCAAGCAAACACCACAGAGCAAAAAGAACCGUAGGGCAGGGGCCAAAGCUAACACAGCCAGUUUGAGUCGUGCCGAUGCCAAGGAUGCAAAGAACAGGGGCAAGAAGCUAUCCCUUGAUUGCCCUGGUGGAAAUGGUAGUCUGUUGGAGAGCUCAGUCACCCUUUCACCUGUCGACUCUCUUGAUUCUCCUCGUGCCUACAGUGCCAACCCUAGCUCCCCAGCAAUGUCUGCCCCUGGUGCAUUCCACCUUGGCUCUCUCUCUGUGCCCUCAACCCCGAUGGUGAAUGGUCUAAUGGAGGGACCCUUUGCUGUGUCUCUAGCACGGCUGAAUGAGAUUGGAGAAGCCCAGGGUGGAGCACUUCUUACUCUACAAGGUAGAGUACCCUUGCAGCGAGCACCAAGUUGUGUGGUUAAUGGGCUCAAUCUUGGUAUGGUCAAUCCCAACAAUUUGCCAUUUACCUGGCAGGGCCCUGCCACACCCUCUCAUUCGUCACGUAAUGUCAUGGCGGGUGGUCCUGCAGGAUCUGUUCCCAACUUGCAUCAACUACAUGCUCAGCAAGUGCUAAUGUUGCAGAGCCAUUUAGCCAUGCAGAGUCCAGCAAAAAUGUCUAUGGAGCAGCAGUGUCCCAUGGGUUCUGUGGCCUCCAGCAAUGGUCAUUUGAUGCAACAGAGUAUGACACGUGUGACCGAAGGACCAGCUCAGCCUUUGACCCCAACUGAAAGCAAUUACUUCAAACAGCAGAGUGUGACAAACGAGAGCAACAUCCAGAGCCCUCCGGCAAUGCCCGCUCCUCAGCAGACAUUUGUGCCCACACAGGGCGAUACACCUAAACAUUACCUUCACAUUCCAAGUGAGCACCCUUACCUUACCCCCUCCCCUGAGUCUCCAGAGCAGUGGUCAAGCCCAUCUCCCCAUUCAGUGUCAGAAUGGUCAGAUGCCACUCCAAGUCCAGUAGUGGUGGGAGGAUCCCAUGGGCAGACCUCACACCUGCCCGAGCAGGCAGGAAACAUGCAGGUGUUUGCCUAACUUACCCUCUUUAACUAUGUCCAGUAUGUCACACUCCCUUUUUUUAUUUUAUUAUAGUCUUCCAUUUCUCCUCAGCUUGUUUUUCAUUAGCUUCGUAAUUUUCUAUUCCUUCUUAACCUCUUCUUUUCCUGUACCUUGACCGCAUUUCUCUGUCUCCCCUCUAUGGAUUUACCUUUUCUAUUUUAGAUCUUCUCCUAUAAGUAUUUCACCCUUAAUAUGCAUAGUAUUCUUUUUAGCUCUUUACAAACUAGUGUUGUACAGCUAUGUAUGAAGGUACUGCCAAGAAUUUUUUUUCUUUUUAUGAUGGGAUCUUGAAUGAACUUUAUCAUUGCCUGGACCAAUUUUUCCCCCCCAUUGUUUUAUAGACUACUUUCUUCUUUACCUAAAUAUUUUUACAACAAUUCUUUUUGGAUUAAAACUGCAAUAUUUUUUUCCCCACCACAAAUGACAUUUGUAUUAUGUUACAAUGAAAGAGGACAUUUUAAUGCCUUUUUGUCUUAGCCGCUAUCACUGCCCUUUUUGUACUCUACUUUUGUAGUAAAAUGACUUUACUUGCAAUUUUUUUUAAAAGCCAUCUCAUUCCGAGCAACAAUUAUUCAUCAGAUUACUGAUGGGACUGUGUUUUGAAGGAGUCGGUACGAAAUUUGCAACAUAAAUAUGUUUUCAUUAUAAAGAAGUGACUGCUCAUGUUAAAUAAAAUGUCUUUGUUAUAAAGAAAUUGUCACUUGAAAAAAACAAAACAGGGGGAUAAAUUCUUAAAAAAAAAAUAUUGUAAUUAUUUUUUACCAUUUAUUUUGAAUGGUAGACUAAUUUUAUUUUUUAAAACUAUUAAGCUAAUACACCUUACAAUAUUUAACGUGAGCUUAUACAUAUUUUUGGUACUCAUAUGUGACGUAAUCUUCCUAUUUAAUUUAUAUGUAGCAUAUUCAUCAGAUAAUGAAUUUAUGAUUAAGCUCUACUAAGGAUCAUCACAAGUAAUUCUGUUUUCCACAAAACAAAUUGCCCAUUAUUGCUGCUGGAAGUUUGGUCCUUAUGAAUAUGUAUAUUACAAUAAUCACUGUAGAAGUCAUUUUUAAAAUUAUAUCACUCAUUUAUUUUUACAACCAUUUGUAACAUUUUUUGGUGACUUUUAAAGUUUAGUUUGAGUGACAACUCAUAUAAAUCAGCACAGUCACUAUACAAUUCCUAUCUCCAGUACAGUCUUUCAUUGGUUUUCAGUAUUAAAAUAAGAUUAAUAAUAUUCACUGUAAAAUAAACUUGAAAGUAGCAGACCAUUAUAUUUGUUCCAUUUAAAGAAUGGCAAUAGCAGAAAAAUAUUUUGGAUAAAUGUUUUUUACUUAUGUUUUACGUGUAUGUAUUGGGUAGUGGAACAGAAAAAAUUAAUUUUCUAUUUUUAGAUAGAUUUCUUUAAAAAAUAAAUAAAAAAAGAAUAAAUCCUACACAGUAAACAUUUUAAAAUCAACAUUAGCACUGAAAAUGUAUAGUUUUCAUAUUUUUUAAACUGUACAUUAUUUCUGUUGUACACAGUUGAUUUUUUCAGGUGACAAUUUCAUUACAGGAUUUGAUGCAUUGUUGUAAAAUAUUGAUAUACUGCCACUUAACACUGUGUUUUACUUUGUCCAUACCUUUUUACAUGUAUUUUUAAAUAGUAUCUCUUGUAAUAGAGAAAAUAUUUUCUUUAUGGGGAAAAUGCCCACCUUUUUUAGUUGUUUUUUUUUUAUCUCUGAUUUUAAUGUCAGAAGGUGAAAUUUCUGAUCUGAGAAACUCCAUGGUUAUAGGAGACGACAUUUUGGUGUAACCAAGUUGGUAAUACUUAAAUUGUAUUAUUUAGGCUGUAGCCGUAUAUACAUAUAUAUAUAUAUAUUGAAAUAUAUAUAUAUUUUUUUUGUGUACUGGGUAUACAUAGAAGAAAUUUUAAUAUUUUAUGACUGAAGACAGCACAGAGAUAAAGAUAUGAUUUGUCGACCCAUGGAUGGAAAAUUAAAAAUAAUAUACAAAAUAAAUGCUACCUUAUUUAUACUGUGGUAUAAAUACAUAUAUUAUUUACAUACUCAUAUCUAAAUUGUGAAUUAUGUGUAAUUGUAAAACAUUUUACAAACAUAUGUUUUAUUUUUAUCUGCCACGAUGACAUACACCUUAAUUGAUACUAGAGGUUAACUUUGCCUCUAGGUGCAGAUUUUUAGAAUCAAUUAGUCUAAUAAAUGACCACAAGGUGUCACUGCAUGCUACUUAUAGAGCAUAUAUUCUGCUAUAUACACAUGGACCACAGGGUGUCACUGCAUAAUGUCCAUCAGAGGUGUAGGUCAUAUACAAUAUUGCAGGUUAUCACAAACUGUUGUUGAUUGGACAACAGUACACCCUGUUAUGUACACAAACAGUCUUAAAAAAUUUCACAGCCAAAAAAUAUUGUCUAAAUUUUCAUUCUGAGACUUCUUUUUUUAUACACAGAUUUUUCAUGUAAUAAAUAGAAUGUUAGAUAUUUUUUUAAUUAAUCAGCUAUAUGUAUAUUUUUAUUACUCGAGAAAAUGUCUGUUUUUUAAUAAAUAAUAAAAUGAAUGGAAAAAAAGGUAGCUUUAUAGCAUGUAAAUAAACCACUACAAAUUUUCUCACAUGUAAAGUCUAAUUCAAUAAAAUAAAAAUAAUGUAGCUAUUGAA